GUGUCGUGCUGUUAUUUGCAGAAUCACCAUGGCGUUGAGAGAGACAGCGGGGCUGUAUGUUACGCUUAAAGCAGAGUGGGACAAGAAAAGCCCCAAUCUUAGUAAAUGUGGCGAACUACUCACUAGACUCAAGGUGUCAUUACUAGAGCUGAACUUUCUACCCACAAGUGGCUCCACGUUCACUAAGCAGCAGCUUAUUUUAGCGCGUGAUGUCCUUGAAAUUGGAGCCUUGUGGAGUAUCCUGAAAAAAGACAUCCCCUCCUUUGAGAGAUACAUGGCCCAGCUCAAGUGCUACUACUUCGACUACAAGGAGGAGCUACCGGAUGCGGCCUACAUGCACCAGAUUUUGGGACUCAACCUGCUCUUCCUGCUCUCGCAGAAUCGUGUGUCCGAGUUCCACACGGAGCUGGAACGGCUUAGUGCACGUGACAUUCAGACCAACGUGUAUAUCAGGCAUCCUGUGUCCUUAGAGCAGUAUUUAAUGGAGGGAAGCUACAACAAGGUGUUCCUGGCCAAAGGCAACAUUCCGGCAGAGAGCUAUACCUUCUUUAUCGACAUCCUGCUCGACACCAUUCGGGACGAGAUCGCCGGCUGCAUCGAGAAAGCCUACGAGCAGAUUCAAUUUACCGAGGCCACACGCGUGCUUUUCUUCACGUCAUCAAAAAAGAUGACAGAGUAUGCUAAAAAGCGAGGCUGGAUCUUGAACACGGAUGGUUGCUACUCAUUCAGCAGUCAGCAACAGCGCACGGAGGAGGUCAGCAUCCCGUCCACGGAGUUGGCGCAGCAGGUCAUCGAGUACGCCAGGCAGCUGGAGAUGAUCGUUUGAGCAAACAGGACAAAGUGUAAUACGUUCAGAUUGUUAUUGCCUUCUUUUUUUUUUUACCCCAAACUUACUGAUGUUUAUUGUCUUUCUACAAUGACAUCUGAUGUCUGUCUUGUAAAAUCUAAACAGAACCCCUCCUAAUUGUAAUUAACUUCAUUAAAAAGAAACAAAAUUG